AUGGCAGAGCUGCUUGUUGCAACGGUCGUGUUCGUCCUUUGGAUUGCAAUGUUCAAGAGGAUGGUACCGCUGAAACUGUACAAUCAGAUGUCCGUUGGUGAUGUUGUGAAAAACAAGUUUGGCACUGUAUACAGAUUUUAA